CGGGCCGAACGCCUUCCCUCGCUGUCGGAAGUUGUGACUGGACUGAGCUCUUUGGGAAGGCAGGCUGGGGCGGGAACCACUGAAGGGUUGAUGCUAAACCUUCCCCAGGUAGCAGCCGCUGCCAGAAGAUGCGGCUCCUCCUCCUGCCGCCGCUGCUGAUUAUUGAGGCUGUGAAUCAGACUCAUUGUCAUGGAUUUGCCGUCAUACCCCCGCAUUGGCCAAUACUAUCAAACCUGGAUGUGUCCUGUCCCCUUGAUACAGGGAACCAGAGGCCGCGUCGUUUCCUCAUUUGCCUCGGCCCUGCUCCAUUGCACCUUUUAAUUUAUAGAAGACUUAUUCUCCUCCCCCCACCCACUCUAUUCCCCCCCCGAUUUAAGCCAUGGAGGUCGAUCAACUGUCCGCUGGCGAUCCUUUCUAUUACUAUCGCCAAACGGAAGGGCACAACAUCCUGCGCCCGACCUUCCAGUCCAAUAUGCAGAUAACUCCCACGCAGUUCGACCGCCCCACUGUAUCUGCUGGCAGAUAUGAUCAAUAUUUGGAAACUGCUCCAAAGGCUCCUCGCACUCCUUGGGGCAUUGAGAGAGAAUAUGGAGGUACCGGCGUCAUGGAUCUACCUGAUAAUCUCAAAACAAAGACUGAGCCUCCCCUUUUAAUGAGAAAGGGACACAGACAUUUUGGCUUUGGUGGAUACCUUCUUCCUGGUGAUGUUCUAAUUGAUCAAUAUUAUGAUCUCACCCAACUGAAGAAGAGUCAGCUUCGUGCCACUGAUCAGCUAAUUCCAUCUUCUGCAGAGCUAGCACUAGCUCAGAAGCAGAUACGGCUGCCAUUUCCAGCUGAACACCCAUACUUUUCCCACAUUUCCAAGUUUGCAGUAUUCCCAGAUUUCAUCUCAGCGAGCGAUCCACAUACUGGGACACGAGCUGGACAGCUGCUGCCCAUUAAUCCUGAUAUGCCUGCAAAAAGUUAUGAUGUUACUGUGGCUAAGAAAAUUAAAGGAUCUCCGUACAGAAUUGAAAGCCAGGAAGUACCCAUUGUACCAAAAGGUUUGGCUUGGCCAGGACAAGAAGGUUUUACUCAUUAUCCUAAAUCAGAAAAAGAUCGUAAACAAGCAAUCUAUCCAACACCACCGAAGCUUAUUGCCCCCAACAAGACAGAGUCUAUCUUAGAGCAUGCUGUUUCAGAGAGAACUGCUAAUAUCUUGAAAAAUAUUGAGAAAUCACACUGGCUAUCCUCCUACAAGAGGGACUUCACAGGAAGUGGACCGAUGAAUCCUCUUCAGUUAGAUGAUUACCAUGAGAAAACAAUAGCAAAAAUGACAGGAAAGUACACCUAUUUCUCAGAGCUGAAAGAACAGUCUCAUCCGGCUUUUUUGCCGAAUCCACCAUUGCGGCCUUUGAAGAAAAAAGAAAUCAGUAAGGUUUCCACCGAUGAUGCCAUUGGUAUUCAGACUCCAAGUGUACAAGUGCACGAAGCCAAGUCACCAUUGCCCGUUUGUGAAUCUGAAUCAAAACCAAAUGAUGAGGUAGAAAUAUGUAGAGAAGAUAAACUGAUUUCUUGGCAAAAUAGGCGAUGCCAAACAGCUUAUUCGAGUGCUUUCUGCCCUGAGUAUGACGUCCGUUUGUUAAGGUACAAAGUUCAGCAAAUGAAGAAUUCUGAAAAACCCUCUGCAUUUAACCAACACCAGAAAGAAAGGAUAAUGGAUUGUUGGGCAACUCCAGUUAUCAAUGUGGACCAAGCUUGCAAAUUAACAGAUUCUGAGAAUGUUCAGCCCCUUUGGAAGAGACGAAAGUCAGUGCAACAUGACAUCAGCUAUGUAGAUUUGCCACAGAGUAAGUUAGCUGGUUUUACAACAAAACAGGACCAGAUAUCUCUGAGCAAACCACCUUCACCAAAUAGGGUUGAGACUAAAGAUCCAGAAUGUGGUAAAGAAUUCAAUUUUGCGUCUGGCGAUACACAACCCAUACCUACAUCAUAUGCUUCAGAGAAUAAGGAAAUGUUUGAUCCAAUCCAACAACCACAGGUGGAAAGGAGCAAUAUGUUGAUCUGUGAUGAUCCUAGGCUUCAGGUCUCAAAACUAAAAUUUCCCUAUGCAUUCAAUAAGACAGAACGACAUAAGCGAUUACUUGAAGAAGCUCCUGAAAAAACAAUGGAUUAUCGAGAUAACAUCUAUUCAGGGAAGAGGCACAUUUUCUUUGGGUUAAAUUCUUCUUAUUUCCAUAAUGGAACUUUUUAAUUACCCAUGGCUUUUCUGAAUCUCUAAUAACAUUAAAGGUAAUAAUGAUUUGCCUUUUAAGUUAUUGUACUUUAAUGUCUGAACUGUACUAGAAUUUUGGUACUCAAAUUGCAUCAGAUCAUAACAGAAAAUUAAUCUUCACUUAAUGAUUCCACACUAACUCUUCAUUCUCAGUGGUUUCAAUCUACUUUCAAUCACACUUUACUUUCCCUCCCUUGAAUUCACUGGCCUCCUUUAAUCCUGAAACCAGUUUCUCUAUUUAUUCUGAGAUAACAAGGUGUACAGCUGGAUAAACACAGCAGGCCAAGCAGCAUCAGAGGAGCAGGAGAGCUGACGUUUCAGGCCUAGACCCUUCUCCAGCAUCUGCAGUUCCUACCACCUCUAUUUAUUCUCCCCUGAUUAUCUCCAUAUAGCCAAAACCUUGCACUUUCCAGUGGCCUUUCUGCUGCCUUGGUCUUUGUCAAAAUCAAGACCACUUACAAUGAAUUUCCUUGUAUCCCUGUAGAUCCACAUCUUCACAAUACCAUUUCCUUCUGUGCCUAUCCUGAAAUAACUUGCAACUGAAUUUUCUAAAAAACAACUUGCAGUUUAGCACUGCAUAUGCCAUUAUUCUUCCUGGGAUUGGUUAUCUCCCUGUCCAUCCCACCUUGGAUAAUGUUGUCCCUAUUAAUUUUACUGUCUUUCAUGUUCAUUCCAUGAGCUUCGAGAGGUAGAGAUUUGAGUGGAGAAAACAUAUGAUUUUGUUUUUGCACAUUUUAGCCUUUUUCCUUUGGUAAGGCCAUUCGGUAUUCCAGAAUCAUCAUGUCCUGCAAAGAUAAUUCUUUCUUCGCUAAUGCCUGACUGUUUAUCUUGAUAUCUCCUGUCCCCUGCUCUGCCACAGCCAACAAUAACCAGGAGGAGGGUGUGAACUACUUUAUCAAAGAGUGAGGCCAUCUAUUCGGCUGUCUCUGCUGUUUUACUGUUCUGCCUUCCCCCGAAGAUAAUUGCUCCCUAUCAGCCACCCUCCUGCUCCCAUUCUAAAUCCACAUUUCUCAACAUCUUCCCCUUCCUGAUAGUUUCUUUGUACUAAUCUUGACCGUAUGGCACACCUCCUACUGUACUGUCAAAUUGAACCAAAUACCAUGCAAUCGUUAGUUAUAACGGAGGGAAGGUCACUGAUGAACCAGUUGGUGGGACAGAGGACGUCGUCUGGAGAAACUAAUGAAAGCAGUAUCUUGUGACUCAAGUAACUGGUUCUCAUAAUGAGAAUCAUUUUCCUUUGUGCCAGGAAUGUCUCCAGUCAGUGGAGCGUUUCCCAUCGUUCAUAUUUAUUUUAAUUUUGUGGGGUUCCGUGAUCCCAUCCUGAGUCAAAUGCUGUCUUAAUGUCAAGGGCAGUCACUCUCAUCGCAUCUUUGGAAUUCAGCUUGAUUACACAUAUUUGGCCAAGGGCAAUACUGAGUUCUAAAUCUGAGUGGCUAUGGUGGAACCAAACUGAGCAUUAAUGAACAGGCUAUUGGCGUAUAAAUGUUGCUUAAUGGUGCUGAUGAAAAUACUUUCCACCACUUUCAUCCUGAUUGAGAGUAGACUAUUACAUGCUAAUUGGUUGGAUUGGUUUUGACCCAUUUUUGAAGACAGAAAAUACAAUGAAAGGAAAUUUUCCACCUUGUUGGGUAGAUGUCAGUGUUGUAGCUGUACUGGAACAUCUAGGAACCUGGGAACAGGAGUAGGCCAUUAGUCCCUCGAUCCUGUUUCACCAUUCAAUAAGAUCAUGGCUGAUCUGUGGCAUAACUCCACAUACCUGUCUUUGGCACAUUAUCCCCCAAUACUUUGCUGAACAAAAAUUUAUUGAUCUCAGAUUUAAAAUUAACUGAUCUAGAAGUUGGCUAGAGACAACCCUAGCUCUGGCACCCAAGUCCUCAGUGUUACAUAUGGGUAUUGUCACAGCCUGUAGCUUUUUUUUUGUAUCCAGUGCAUUUAGCCUUUUCUUGGUAUCACAUGUAGUAAGUCAGGCUGAAUAAUGGCAUAUGUGAUGUUGGGAUCCUCAGGAGGAGCCCGAGACGGGGUAUUAAUUCAACACUUCUGGCUGAAGAUACGCACAAAUGCUUCAGCUUUAUCUUUUGCUCUCAGGCUGAUCAAUGAAGAAGAGAAUGUCCAUAGAGCCACCUCGCAUAGUUAGUUGUUUCAGAUCAAUGUCUCAUCCUCAUGUUUAAACCGCUUCAUAGUCUUGUAUCUGCCUUUAUCCUGCUGGAGCCAACCAACACCAAACUCUCCAUUUAUUUGGCCAUUUGUGUAUCGCUCGUUCGCUUCAACCCACCAUUGCUUUAGCUUAUGUUUUAGCCAUCGCGGUGCCACCCUCUCCAACUAGACCGUUCCAAGUAACCUUCUCCCAUUUCCUUCCUUGAGAUCCUCCUGAAAAACUCACUCAUUUCACCAUUCUCUCUCAAAUGUCCUGUUCCAUCUAUGUCCAUUUUCAAUCAAAUUCUGUCUCUGUCAAGAAAUGAAGCCUUCUGGCAUCAUAGAAAAGCAAUGUUUUGUUAUGUUACAAUGAAAAUAAUUUCUCCUGAUGUACUGUCACUAACUCUACAGCCUCAGAAUAACAUAACUGCCAUGUGGACUUUUUCCUUCAAUGCAAAUUACUA